CGGGCCCUGCCCGCCUUGUGACCAUCUGUCCCCGGUCCUCGUCCCCGCCCCCCGGCCCCAAGUGGCACGGGGGCGGGCCAUCAACUGUAUGUAUUAAAAAUGACUGUAUCAAAUAAAUGUUUAUUGAUUUUUUUCCAGGGGUUUUGUGCAGCUGAGUUUGUGGUAAAGCGCGGUUGGGGCGCUUCCCCGCACUCGCGCCGCGCGGCCUCGUGGGGCUUCUGGUUUGCGGGGCGCGCGCAGCCUGAUGGGAAUUGUAGGCCGCGGGGCGCGCUGGCGGGCGCCUGGUGCCGGGCUCCGAACCACAGCUUCCGACAGCCUGCGCGGCCGGCCCCCGAGCCCCGCCCAGCCCGCGGAGAGGCUCCCGAGCUAAUGGCUGCGCUCCCGGCCUCAGCCGACGCCCACCGUCCGGUGCCGCCGCCCCUAGCGGCUGGAGACGGGCCAGACCGGCUGGAGGGGAAGAGCGAGGACCGGUCUCCCUGCACGGCCCGAGGGGGCCAGAGCUGGCUCUGGUCAGUGUCCGGGUGUCUGUGCAGAUGCCUCCAAACCGAGGCGCUCCCCGCCCGACCAGGGCUCCGGCUUCGCCUUCCGUAUCACCGAGGUUGCACAGUGUGGUCUGGUCGGUGUACCUUGCCGUGGCUUCUUGUGUGCCUGUCCCUCCGGAAGGUCAGUCCGGUGAGGACGGGGACCUCGGCCUACCUUUGCACUGGACGUGCUGGUGGACAAGGGUAUAAAUCUACAAAGAAGUCAGCACAGCCCGACUCGAGUGGCGCGGCACGUCUCCCAGGCACGCAAGUGUGCCCCCCCGCCCCCAGCAGCAGCAGCAGCAAUGCGGAGUCCUUGGACAGGCUUCUCCCACCUGUGGGCGCCGGGCGCUCGCCCCGGAAGCGCACCACCAGCCAGUGCAAGUCCGAGCCGCCCCUGCUGCGCACCAGCAAGCGCACCAUCUACACGGCAGGGCGGCCGCCCUGGUACAACGAGCACGGCACCCAGUCCAAGGAGGCCUUCGCCAUCGGCCUGGGAGGCGGCAGUGCUUCUGGGAAGACCACUGUGGCCAGAAUGAUCAUCGAGGCCCUGGACGUGCCCUGGGUGGUCUUGCUGUCCAUGGAUUCCUUCUACAAGGUGCUCACCAGGCAGCAGCAGGAGCAGGCCGCCCACAACAACUUCAACUUCGACCACCCUGAUGCCUUUGACUUCGACCUCAUCAUCUCCACCCUCAAGAAGCUGAAGCAGGGCAAGAGUGUCAAGGUGCCCAUCUACGAUUUCACCACCCACAGCCGGAAGAAGGACUGGAAAACGCUCUACGGUGCAAACGUCAUCAUUUUCGAGGGCAUCAUGGCUUUUGCUGACAAGACACUGCUGGAGCUCCUGGACAUGAAAAUCUUCGUGGACACGGACUCUGACAUCCGCCUCGUGCGGCGGCUGCGCCGUGACAUUAGCGAGCGGGGCCGGGCCAUCGAGGGUGUCAUCAAGCAGUACAACAAGUUCGUGAAGCCCGCCUUCGACCAGUACAUCCAGCCCACCAUGCGCCUGGCGGACAUUGUGGUGCCCCGGGGGAGCGGGAACGCAGUGGCCAUCGAUCUGAUCGUGCAGCACGUGCACAGCCAGCUGGAAGAGAGGAAGCUGCGCUGGGAUCUGGCCGCACUGGCCUCAGCGCACCAGUGCCACCCCCUGCCCCGGACGCUGAGUGUCCUCAAGAGCACGCCGCAGGUGCGGGGCAUGCACACCAUCAUCAGGGACCGGGAGACCAGCCGCGACGAGUUCAUCUUCUACUCGAAGAGGCUGAUGCGGCUGCUCAUCGAGCACGCGCUCUCCUUCCUGCCCUUCCAGGAGUGCGUCGUGCAGACCCCGCAGGGCCAGGACUACUCGGGCAAGUGCUACGCGGGGAAGCAGAUCACGGGCGUGUCCAUCCUGCGGGCCGGCGAGACCAUGGAGCCUGCGCUGCGGGCCGUGUGCAAGGACGUGCGCAUCGGCACGAUCCUCAUCCAGACCAACCAGCUCACCGGGGAGCCCGAGCUCCACUACCUGCGGCUCCCCAAGGACAUCAGUGACGACCACGUGAUCCUCAUGGACUGCACAGUGUCCACUGGCGCGGCGGCUAUGAUGGCGGUGCGGGUGCUGCUGGACCACGACGUGCCCGAGGACAAGAUCUUCUUGCUGUCGCUGCUCAUGGCGGAGAUGGGUGUCCACUCGGUGGCCUAUGCCUUCCCGCGCGUGAGAAUCAUCACCACGGCGGUGGACAAGCGCGUCAACGACCUCUUCCGCAUCAUCCCCGGCAUAGGGAACUUCGGCGACCGCUACUUCGGGACCGACGCCGUCCCCGAUGGCAGCGAUGAGGAGGAAGGGGGCUCUGCGGGGUAGCCGCCCUCCCCGCCCCCAGCGCCUCCUGCUUCCCUGGGGGCUUACAGAGUAGAGAUGUUAACGUAUUUUAAUUAAAGAACGUGUUACCGGCGUACCUUGUCUAAACAUUUUGUAAAAUAAAACUUGAAACUGAAGCUGUGACUGGUUAGCUGGGGUG